GGCCGGGGUCCGCUCUUGACGGCGCUCGCCGACCGUCGACCGCAUCCUGUGCCAAACAUCCCCCGGCGCCUCAACUUGUAUGUUUGCCUUCCCGAGAGCCUUUUUAAAACACCCACCUCGGGCCUUGGGGCGACUUUUUUCCUUACGCAUCUGCCGACGUCAGACUUCCAGAAUGGCCUUCCAGUACCCGGCGGCGAGCCGCGACGAGGCGGUUGUGGAUGAUUAUCACGGCUACAAAAUGCCAGAUCCAUACAGCUGGCUGGAAGACCCCGACAGCGAAAAGACCCAGGCGUUUGUCACUGCUCAGAACCAGCUUACAUUGCCCUUUUUGGAGCGCUGUGAGGUUCGAGAUCUGUUCAAGGAGCGCAUGACUGAGCUGUAUGACUAUCCCAAGUAUAGCUGUCCUUUCAAAAGGGGAAGCAGGUAUUUUCACUUCUACAACACUGGCCUUCAGAACCAGAGUGUAAUGUAUGUGCAGGAGAGCCUUGAUGCAGAACCUGCUGUCUUUUUGGAUCCAAACACAUUUUCUGAUGAUGGGACAGUUGCCCUGCGAGGCUACGCAUUCUCAGAAGAUGGAGAGUACUUGGCUUAUGGAACUAGUGCCAGCGGGUCUGACUGGGUGGAGAUCCACUUCCUGCGCGUGGAGGGUGCCAAGCUGUUGGAUGACUGUCUAGAGCGGGUCAAGUUCAGCUGCAUGUCCUGGACCCAUGAUGGGAAGGGACUUUUCUACAACUCCUACCCUAAGCAGGAGGGCAAGAGUGAUGGCACGGAGACAUCUACCAACUUGCACCAGAAGCUGUACUUCCACAUUUUGGGAACGCAACAAUCUGAGGACGUGCUGUGCGCCGAGUUUCCUGAUCAACCUAAGUGGAUGAGUGGAGCCGAGGUUUCGGAUGAUGGCCGCUAUGUGCUGCUGUCCAUCAGGGAAGGUUGUGACCCUGUCAACAGAUUGUGGUAUUGUGACCUCAAGACUACCCCUAAGGGCAUCACAGGACUUUUGCCAUGGGUGAAGCUUAUUGACAACUUUGACGCCGAGUACGAGUAUGUAACCAACGAGGGGACAGUUUUUACAUUCAAGACAAACCUGGACGCCCCACGUUACCGCCUCAUCAACAUCGACUUUGCCUCUCCGGCUCAGAACAACUGGACCGAGCUCAUCCCUCAGCAUGAUAAAGACGUCAUCGUAUUCGCCACCUGCACAUACUCCAGAUACCUGUUUGUGUGCUUCCUCCAUGAUGUGAAGAAUGUCCUGAAAAUGUAUCUUCUGAGCUCGGGAGAGGAGCUCAGGACCUUUCCUCUGGAUGUCGGCUCCGUGGUCGGAUUCACUGGACGCAAGAGGGACUCUGAGAUCUUUUAUUAUUUCACCUCCUUCCUCUCACCAGCCAUCAUUUACCACUGUGACUUGACCAAGGAGCCACUGCAACCUCACAUCUUCAGAGAGGUCACUGUCAAAGGCUUUGACCCUUCGGACUACCAGACCACCCAGGUGUUCUACGCUUCCAAAGACGGCACAGAAAUCCCCAUGUUCAUCGUUCACAAGAAGGGAAUCAAAAUGGACGGCUCCCACCCGGGCUUCCUGUACGGCUACGGCGGCUUUAACAUCUCUAUCACGCCCAGCUACAGCGUCUCCCGUCUCAUCUUCGUGCGGCACCUCGGCGGAGUCCUGGCCGUCGCCAACAUCCGGGGAGGUGGCGAGUAUGGCGAGACCUGGCACAAAGCUGGUAUGUUGGCAAACAAGCAGAACUGCUUCACAGACUUCCAGUGUGCAGCAGAGUAUCUCAUCAAGGAGGGAUACACCUCCUCGUCCAAACUCACCAUCAAUGGAGGCUCAAACGGCGGCCUUCUCGUAGCGGCGUGUGUAAACCAACGACCCGAGUUGUUCGGUUGUGCUGUCGCCCAAGUCGGUGUCAUGGACAUGCUCAAAUUCCACAAGUUCACCAUCGGCCAUGCCUGGACAACUGACUUUGGCUGCUCGGACGACAAAGAGCAGUUUGAGUGGCUGAUCAAAUACUCCCCACUUCACAACAUCCGAGUCCCAGAAGACAACGGGGUCCAGUACCCCGCCGUCCUCCUGUUGACGGGCGACCACGACGACCGGGUGGUGCCCCUCCACUCGCUCAAAUACAUCGCCACCCUGCAGCACACCGUGGGCCGCGACGCCAAGCAGGUCAACCCUCUGUUCAUCCUGGUGGACACAAAGUCGGGCCACGGCGCCGGCAAGCCCACCAGCAAAGUCAUCCAGGAGGUGGCCGACACUUACGCUUUUAUCGCUCGCUGUCUCAAAAUCUCCUGGGUUUAAACAAGCCACACCUGUUGCGUGCGUUCCUGUCUCGUCCUCCUUUACCGCAGAGAACUUUAAAAGAACACAAGUUAACGGACAACACAUCCCACAGCUUUCUCCUAAUGCAGUGGUUCUUAACCUGGAUUCGAUCGAGUCGGGCUCAGGGGUUCGGCGGAGGUCAAGACACAACCGACUCCUCGGGUAAAUAAAAACUUCUCCCGAUCGGCUUAUUACGGAUACGGCAACAGCAGAAGACACUGAUUUGCAGGUGUGUCAUUUGUUGUGAGUUUAUGCACUGUGUUGGUUUUGUUCUUUGAACAAGGUGAUGUUCAUACACGGUUCAUUUUGUGCACCAGGAAAAAAACAUGGUAACACUUUAGUAUGGAGAACAUUCACCAUCAAUUAGUUGCUUGUUAACAUGCAAAUUAGUAACAUAUUGGCUCUUAACUAGUCAUUAAGUACAACCCUAACCCUCAAACCCUGACCAAAUAACUCAAAAUUAAGUCUUUGUUACUUAGAAUAUGUUCCCCAUACUAAAGUGUUACCGAAAACAUAUAACUUUGGCUUGAAUUUGAAAAAACAACAACAUAUUUUUCACUAAAGAAGGGUUCGGUGAAUGCGCGUAUGAAACUGGUGGGGUUGGGUACGUCCAACAAGGUUAAGAACCACUGUCCUAAUGUCAUCACUUCGAGGCAAACUUACUGUAAUCAGCCAAUCAGCUGCUGUCAUGAGUGUGUAUUUACAUUCUGUAUUAUUUAUUGUUUACACAUUCAUCAGGACACUAUUGUGAGCAAGGCUAGGCUGCUACUGCACGUUAGCAGUGUCUCUACAACUAGUUUGUGAGUAAGUGUGUAUAUGUGUGUGUGUGUGUGUCAUUCCCCGUACAUGCAGAAAGAUUUCUACCUCUUGACAUAUGCUGAUUGUUCCACCUUUAGAAAGGGAACACAACAAUGCCACAGCCACAAUAAACCUUUUUUAAGCAGGGA